GACGAACACGCGUCCAGGAUCACGUCGCGCUAAUGAGACAUGAAACUACCUGCAAAGGGUAUUCGCAACUCUAGCCAGGAUAGUGCUACCUGCUUACUAUUUAAGGAUGCGGUCGACAUGUCCUGGCCAUCAGAACAGCAUCAACUGUCAAACCGUGAAGAUCUAUCGCUCUCAAGAUGAAAGUCUGCCAGAAUCAGAAAAUGGACAAAGCCGAAAAGAAGCGUCAGAAGACACUGCACAAACAAAUGAAAGCCAAACAUCAUGAGCAGAAGCUACAGAAACACUCGAGGAAGAUGCUACGAUCAACCGAACCCGUCAGUUUUCCGUAUCAGAUCUUUUUGCAUCGCUUGGAACUACGUAAAUCGGAAAAGGAUUUCUCCUAUCUGCGUCUGUCUCGAUCGAAGAUUAUGUUGACCGCUCAACUGAUUGACAAGAAUAUUGGAAACUGUAACAAACUCUGCACUGUGGAUGAUCUCAAGGUGCUCAGCCGUGAGGUGCAAUUCAAGAAGCGUCUCAUCAAGCAAGUGGAUCGCCUGGAACAAUUCCGGGAGUUGGGACUCAAUGAACUUGUGCUCGACGGCAAGCGAACUGCACUUUGA